AUGAGUUCUUUCAAGAGUUCUUCUACAGUACAAUAAAUCUAAUAAAUUAUAUAGUCGCCUUUAAAAGAUAACUUUCACUAUCAAAACUAGCGCUAGAACCAAAAACAUUACAACACUUAUACCGAAAAAUAGAAUCAUAUUGAAUAAAACAACGCUCUUAGGAUGAGUGUCUAGCCUUACUUUUAACAAACUAGAAGUUAUAUUGGGAAUUCAUAAAGUAAUAGAAUUAACUCUGCAGAUAUUAGAUCUUCUAGUUAAAAAAGAUAGAGUAAUUUAAUAAGCAAUACAUUGGGUUUAAUAGAUAAAAAACAAACAAUAAUUCUUUCCUCAAACAGUAGUAAUAGGCUGACAUAGUAACCAACUUAAUCUACUCUUUAUUAAUAAUCAACAAAUGCUUCUAGUUCUGCAUAGCAUCAAAGCAAUAGUACUCAAUCAUAAUAGCUACCAUUUUCUUAUCCUUAAAUGAGUUAAAUCCUUUCAGGUUCAUAAAUUACUUAAUCUUCUUUAUCGAGAAAUAGCUAAUAAAAACAUACCAAUGGGUAAUUUAUAUAAAAAUCUCAAUUCUUACUAAAUUCAAAGAGAAAAGAAUCUGAUGAAAUAUCUGAAAAUGAACAUAAAAACUGUCAUGAUUAUUAAUAAUUCUUUAAAAAUUAACUUAAAGACGCUUAAAUUUCUAAAGAUGAAUCCAUUUAAUUAGAUUUAUCUAAGGUAUCUCCUUAUUUAGACGGGGUUGCAAGUAGUAAGCGCCUAAAUACUGUAAAUAAUUAUGAACAAAAUAAAUUUUAUUAUUUAAAACCUGCUCCUUUGCUUAAGUAGCCUAAAAAUACAGAUCUUCCUCCUGUAAAUUUAGGUGAUCAAUAAGUAAGCUUAGAACAAGAAUCAGCAAUAACAAUAACGACUCUAUAAUAAAGUUUUAUGGUAGACUCAUCAAAAAUCAGAGAAAGGUCUUUAGGAUCUGUAAAUUUUGAUAUUAAAAGGACAAGACUUACAAAGAGACUUCUCGAUCUUUAAGAACCUAGAAAUAUAUUAGAAGAAGAAGACGAAGACAUUAUAACCACAUGCUAAACUGAUAGAAAAGUCGAAGGAAAUGAAAGAUCACGCAGCUAGAUAUUUGAGGUUUAAAAGAAUUAAGAAUUAAAUUAGAAAAAAAAAAAAUAUUCUUGUGAGAUAAAAUAAAUAUAUCCUUUUGAGCUAGACAUUGAUUUUGAAUCUGAAGUUAAGGAUGAAAACAUAGAAGAAUUUUCUCCUCAUUAAAAGCCUCCUUCUAUGGCUUCUCUAAAUAAUUAAUAAUUAAAUAGAGAUUGGAAUAACUAAAAAUCUUAGAAAGACAGAAGAGUUUCUAAUGCUACUAUAAGUGUUGACUAUCGCAGUGCUCAACUCUCCACAAAUGAUACUGUUUAAUCUUUUCACUACAAUCUGAAGCCAGCCUCUAUCAGUUUACACUAGCCUAAUGAAAUAGUAAAAAAAUUAUAAAUUUAAAUGGAGAAUCAACAUUAGAAUGAAGAAUUAAAUGUAAGAAAACGUCGUUCUUCUUCUACGAAAUAGUCAGAUGAUGUCCCAGAUGAACCAGAGAAAACUCAAAUAUUGAGAACUUUUUAUUUAGCUGGAAACAGAAUCCCUGUUGUAAAGUUGUCUUAAAUUAAUAAAUAAAACCAAUAAAGCUGUGAAAAAUACUUUAUACCUUCUCUCAUGAAAAGCUUAAAAGGAGAAAAAGAUAAAUUAUCUAAUCUAUACAAAUAAUAUUUCUAGAAAAUGUAUUACAAUCUUCAAGUGAACCCUAAACUUGAGAAUAAGUUUCAUCAGAUAUCACCAGUUUUCCUUCCACCACUCACAUCAAAUAAAAAAACCAUAUUUUUUGAUUUGGAUGAAACUCUUAUUCAUUGUAUAGAUAUAUUUACAGACCCUCAAUAAUACUAAGAGUUCACAUAAUCAAACAUGACAAAUAAAAACCCAUCUCCCUUUAGCAGAAAUGUAGAAAGUUGUAACGAAACUCUUUGCACUAUUUAGUGUACACCAUAAGAAUAAAUUUAAUGCUUAUUUUCUAUACGUCCUCAUGCUUAAUAAAUUUUAUAAGAGCUUUCUAAAGAUUUUGAGCUAAUUUUGCUUACUGCUGCUAGAAAGAUAUACGCUGAUGCUGUGUUAUAAAAGCUUGAUCCAGAAAAUAAAAUAUUUUCUCAUAAAUUCUACAGAGAGUGUUGUAUUGAAUUUUAAAUACCUAACCCGCUAUAAAAUUAGGGAUCAAAAAAGUCCUAUCUAAAAGAUUUAAGAAUCUUUUAAAAUAGAAAACUAGAAAAUGUUAUUUUAGUAGAUAACAGUCCUCUUUCUUAUCUUAACCAAGUAUCAAAUGGUAUACCAAUAUUAGAUUACUGUAAUAAUAACAAAAAUGAUGAGGAGUUGUUACACCUAUGCACUUACCUAAAAACUUUGAUUAAUGUUACUGAUGUUAGAGAAAGUAUAAAAUAAAAAUUUUUUCUAAAGUAAUACAAAGCAUUUUAAAACAUUGAAAGCCUACAAUAAUACAUAUUGCAAGAGUACUCUAAUAGCUCGACAAAUCAAUAUUGA